AUCAGGACGCCGCCGAGCUCCGUGAGGCGUGAAUUAGGGCGCUGCAAAAGUCUCCGGCCUGGUGGUGCAUUUGCCCCGGGGGGUCGUAUUUAAUUGUCGGGUCGCCGACGGGGAUAUCAUCAUUCAGACAUUCGAAUACAAUCAGAGACAGACAUUCUAGAACCCUUCCUUUUGAUACCCUCUAUUCCAUCAUGUCCAAGUUGUUCCAGCCCAUCCAGGUCGGCCGCAUGUCGCUGGCCCAUCGCCUCGCCAUGGCGCCCAUGACUCGCUUCCGCGUCGACGAUGAACACGUCCCUCUCCCCAUCGUCAAGGAGCACUACGAGCAGCGCGCCGCCGUCCCCGGCACCCUCCUCAUCACCGAAGGCACCCUGGUGUCCCCGCGCGCCGGCGGCUACCCCAACGUCCCCGGCAUCUGGAGCGAGGCGCAGAUCGCCGCCUGGCGCACCGUCACCGACGCCGUGCACGCCAAGGGCUCGUACAUCUACAUCCAGCUCUGGGGCCUCGGUCGCGUCGCCAGCCCCGACGUCCUGCAGAAGGAAGGCGGCCAUGACCUCGUCUCCAGCAGCGCGACGCCCGCGAGCCCCGACGCCCCCGUCCCGCGCGAACUCACCGAGGCCGAGAUCCACGCCUUCAUCGACGACUACGUCCAGGCCGCCCGCAACGCCGUCGCCGCCGGCUUCGACGGCGUCGAGAUCCACGGCGCCAACGGCUACCUGAUCGACCAGUUCAUCCAGGACACCGCCAACCAGCGCGCCGACGCCUGGGGCGGCUCCGUCGAGAACCGCGCCCGCUUCCCCCUCGAGAUCACCCGCCGCAUCGUCGCCGCCAUCGGCGCCGACCGCACCGCCAUCCGCUUCAGCCCCUUCAGCACCUUCCAGGGCAUGCGCAUGGCCGACCCCGUGCCGCAGUUCGAGUACCUGGCGCGCAAGACGGCCGAGUUCCACCUGGCCUACGUGCACGUCGUCGAGGCGCGCAUUGCCGGCAACGCCGACGUCAGCGAGACCGGCGAGUCGCUGGACUUCUUCGUGAAUGCGUACCGCGGCGCCGGCCCCGUCAUGGUCGCCGGUGGUUAUAAGCCCGACUCGGCCAGGGAGGCCGUCGAUGCGCGCUACAAGGACCACGACGUCGUCGUCGCCAUCGGUCGCCCCUGGACCGCGAACCCCGAGCUGCCCUUCCUGAUCAAGUCGGGUCUGCCCCUGCGGCCCUAUGAGCGGGAUGUGUUCUAUCUGCCCAAGGAUCCGAAGGGAUACGUCGAUUACGACUUCACCGAGGAGUUCAAGGCGGUUCGCGCUGCGGCUUGAUUCGUUGGGUUUGCUUAGAAGGUGGCAUGGAUAGGCGUUUGGGUUUGAUUGCAUAGCAUGGUAUAGAUUAUAAUUUCAAUAGAAGUCAGUUUCA